CGCUCCGAGCAGGCCCGGCGGGCUCCUGGGCGCUCUCCCGCCAUGCGCUGGAUCGCGCCUUCCAGGCGGCAGCUGCAGGUGCUGCGCCGCGCCCUGCGCGCCCUCUCCAGCCACCUCCCGAACCAGGUGACUGAAGAUGUGGUAAAUCACCCAUCACCACAGCUUGGAGCUGCUGUGAGGAACAUACUUCUCAAACCUCCCAAGGGCACCAAGGAUUUUAAUCCAACGCAGAUGAGCAUCCGUGAAAAAAUCUUUGCCACCGUAACCAACUGCUUCAAGCGUCAUGGAGCGGUGACAAUAGACACUCCUGUGUUCGAGCAGAAGGAACUCCUUCUGGAUAAGUACGGGGAGGCCUCGAAGCUGAUCUAUGACCUGAAGGACCAGGGCGGGGAGCUGCUGUCUCUUCGCUAUGACUUGACUGUGCCCUUUGCUCGUUACUUGGCUAUGAAUAAAAUCACCAAUCUGAAGCGGUACCACAUUGGCAAAGUCUACCGGCGCGACAGCCCAGUCAUGGGAAAGGGGCGCUACAGAGAAUUCUGCCAGUGCGAUUUUGACAUUGCUGGCCGGUACGACCCCAUGAUCCCCGAAGCGGAGUGUCUGAAGGUCCUACAUGAGAUCCUAAGUGCCCUGUCAUUUCGAGAUUUCCUGAUCAAGGUUAAUGACAGGCGCAUUUUGAAUGGGAUCCUGACAGAUGUUUGUGGUGUUCCCAAAGCAAAGUUUGAGACCGCUUGCUGUACCCUCGACAAACUGGAUAAGAUGACAUGGGAAGAAGUGAGGACUGAGAUGGUCGAAGAGAAGGGGGUCCUGCCGGAGGCUGUGGAUCGCCUUGGCGAAUACACCCGGCUGCAGGGGGGACCACUUCUGGUCAAGCAGCUGCUCCAGGAUCCCAGGCUGUCCCAGAGUAAGCUGGCCAUGGAAGGGCUGCAGGAUAUGGAAUUGCUCUUCAAAUACCUGGCUCUGUUUGGCAUCAUAGACCAGGUCUCCCUGGACCUGAGCCUGGCCCGCGGCCUGGAUUACUACACUGGCGUGAUCUUCGAGGCCGUCUUGCCGCCCCAGCACGAUGGUUCUCUGCAGGAGGGGCUCAGCAUGGGCAGCGUGGCUGGGGGCGGGCGCUACGACGGGCUCGUGGCAACACUCAGUCCGAAAGGAACGGACGUGCCCUGCGUGGGACUCAGCAUCGGGGUGGAAAGGAUCUUCUCCCUCCUGGAGCAGAGCAUUGAGGGGAAGAUCCACACUACAGAGACACAAGUUCUGGUAGCAUCUGCUCAGAAGAACUUCCUUGCUUGGAGAAUGAAGCUCAUCUCUCAACUGUGGGAUGCCGGCAUCAAGGCCGAGAUGUUCCAUAAGAAAAACCCCAAGCUGCUGAAGCAACUGCAGUACUGUGAAAAAGUGGGGAUUCCACUGGUCGCCAUCAUAGGGGAAAAGGAGCUGCAGGAUGGAGUUGUGAAACUUCGGGAUGUCGCUACCAGGAGAGAGAUCGAUGUUCCCCAGGAGAAUAUUAUAGAGGAGAUCCAGAGGCUGCUGAGGGAAUAGAGGCUUCGGCGGCUCCACGCAGCCUCAUGGAGCGUUGCCAGUGUGCACAGCCACAAGGGGCUCUGACGCAUUUCUUUCUUUCUUGUAAUAAAGUUGAUUUCCUUUUCUGUUGGAAUGUUAA